GAGAGAGAGAGAGAGAGAACAGCUGGUUUGUGUUCUUCAUAUGUGGCGUUUGACUUCAAAACUAUGAUAGCAUUCUGCUCAUCCAUUAAUUUUAUUUGAAGCUUGCUGGUUUGUGUUCUUCAUACGUGGCAUUUGACUUCAAAACUAUGAUAGCAUUCUGCUCAUCCAUUAAUUUUAUUUGAAGCUUGCUGGGAUUAUAUUUUGAUCCUUCUAUGCCAACCGCCUGAUUUGGGUUUUAAUACAGGAAUGGAUGCACAGGUUGCUUAUGGAUUCCAUCAUUUGCGAAAUGAAAAACCUUACCUUGCACAAGGACCAAUCACAAAUAAGCUGAUCUAUUCUAGUUAUAGUUGCACACAAGGCUGGUUCUUCACACCUUGCGCAAGCGAUCCAAGUUUAAGGGGACUUAAAAACAUUCUAAGGAUCCAUGUUAAAAAGGUCAAUUGCUCGGAAUGGGAGCUGAUUACAGUCCCUUCAAGGUAUCAUUCUGAAUAUUUAAUUUUUCUUGCAAUAUAUUUUUAAUAGGUAAUGUUUGUUUGUUUGU